UCAUUCGUAGAAUUUCCCAAUUAAGUUAUUUCAAAUUAGCAGAACAUACUAAACAAAAUUAUUACUUGCUACGGUACCAUGUUAUGCAAAAUGUUUGAAUGAUAUAAGAAUAUUCUAUUCAACUUAUAAAGUAGCUAGCCAGAUUUAUUUCAUUAUUCCUUAAGGAACUAAUGUCACCGAAAUCACCCAAUCUCUAUAAGAAAACACAAAUCAUAUUUGACGGACUUUCACCAGAUGAAAUAAAGAAAUCAUUAAAAUAUUUAUAUGAGUUAAAAAAGGAAACCUUACUUGCUACUUUCCAUUCAGUUUUACCUGAAGAAAGGACAAAAAACUUUCAAGAUACGAGGGAAUUUGUUAAGAAUGCCCUUAACAAUUUUAAAUCUCAUGACAGCAAAGAUUUAAUAGAACAUUAUUCAUUGAAAGGUCCAUUAAUUCCCAUAAAUCAAUCAAAGUGUACCUUCAAAGCUAUUAGUUUAGAUAAAACCCAAUACUGUAUUAGAAAGAUUAAAUUAAAAAAAGCUCAAACAUAUCAGCAAAUUCUCAGUUAUGUUAAAAAAUAUUGGUAUUCUGUCAAACUUGAUCCUUAUUAUUUUCGUGUUAUCGAUAAUAUUUUCGUUUCAAAAUUACAUCGUAAUCGCAUGAUCAUCGUUCUGAAAUUCAUUCCUGGAGAGAACUUGGAAAUAGCCUUGAAAACAUACAGAGAGUUCCAGGAUAUCAAUUUUUGUUUAGGGAUAUUUAAGGAAAUUGCUAAGAUUGUAGAUUCACUCCAUAUACGAUAUGGUAUUUGUCAUGGGGAUUUAAGGCCACAAAAUAUUAUAUAUAAUAGGAAGACAAAAAGAAUCACGAUUAUUGGUUUUAAGUUUCAAUUUUCUUUAUAUGACAGCUAUAAUAGCCCCUUUGCUCUUGGUGUUAUGAGAAGGAAAUGUCCAGGUUACGUUAGAAAGCAUAACGAAACUUUUUUUAAAUAUGUUUCAGAUUAUCGUCAAAUUGGAUGUGCUGAAGAUAUGUUUGCUUUGGGACAUAUUCUCUUUAAUCUAAUUUCUUCUGGUGAUAUGCUUUGGACAACUUGUCAUAAGAGAGAUAAAAACUUUUACUAUUAUAAGUGUUACUCAGAUGGUUUAUUAAGAUAUGAUGAAAAACUUCUUAAAUUACUUUCAUCAAGAACAUAUCCAAUAGAUCAAACCCUAUCAUACAUAAGAGCUUUACCAACGUUAAAGAAAAUGAUUAAGCUCAGAGAUAGUAACAGAUUAGACUUUUUCACAUUAUUAAGUUCUCCUUGGUUUAAUGAAUUACAAGAUGUAUGUCAUCCAAAUGCAAGCCGUUUCAAAAUAGAAAAACAAAUUCCAAGAGUGGUUUAUAAAACAAACUAUUCGAUCAAAAAAUUACAUGAUAAUUUGAAAAUGGUAGCGCCUGUGAUAUUUGUAUUAUAUGGAAUUGUAUUUUUACUGUGGAUUUGUAUUAUAGUAAAAAGAUGUAUAGCUCAUUUUUUAUCCAAGUAGGUAAACUAAUUCUAUAUUAAAGAGAUUAUAUAUUGACAUAGGUAGAAGUGGAGUAUUUUUGUAUUUUAUUCUUUGUUUUUUAUUUGUUUUAUGUAUAAUAUAUAAUGUCAAAACAAUACCGAAACUUUAAAUACAUAGACUCUUGGUCCAUUUGAGUUCAUGUCUAAUCUUA